AUGUACUCAGAUGAAAAGAAAAUAAUAAAUAAAGAAAUAGAAAUUUUAUUAUUAAUCAAUUCGAUUGAAAAUGAAGUUUAUGAUUUACCUACUUGUGUAAAAGAUAUAUUAAAUGGAAAAUACGAAGAUGUGAUAAAUAAUAAAUUAUCGUCAAAUUUAAUUGAAGAAUUAAAUAAUAGCAAUGAUGUUUUCAAGUCAAUUCAUAACAAUAUAGAAAAAACAGAUUUAUAUGAUUCUUGGCUAUGCACAGGCAUAGCUUCUUUAUUAUAUUUUAUACAGUUAAAUUGGACAGGCCCGCAAGUUACAAAAAAAGUUGAAUGGCAAAAAAUGAAACAAGAGGAUAUACUUAAAGAUUUAUUUUUAUCUUUACAUGAUGAAUGUAACACAAAUGUUAACAUGUCAGAACUUCUUUAUUUUUCUAAGAUAAUAUUUUCUAAUGAAAUUUUACAAAAUACUUAUAACACUUGUACAUGGUGGUUAUUUAGAGCAAAUUUUUUACAUCAACUUAUACUAAAUGAAAAUUCUGGUAUAAUAUUUGAUGAGGCAGAAUAUUUAAUUGAAAAAAUCAAUGAUUUACAAUUAUUGAAGGAAAAUGUUUAUUGUGAGACAUUAUUUUAUAUUGAAGUUGCACAAUUUUAUUUUUACUAUAGAAGAAUUCAAAAUUCAGAAAAAUAUGUUAAACUUGCUCAAGAAAGAGCAAAAUUAAGCUUAAACCUUGAAGGUGCAUUAGGUAAACGUACAAAAUAUCAAGAAGAAGACAAGGCACAGUUGUUAUUAAGAAUAAAUUUAGGAAAAGAAAAAUUUUUUUCUAGAUGUUGCAAAAAUUUACCAAAAUCUCUGAAUUUAAAUGAUGAUAUUAAAUUAGAACAUACUCAAUUUUCAAUAAAUAUGGAAAAUACAGAAUUAGGAGCAGUAGAAGAAGCUAUUGUAUUAGGAAAAUAUAUUCAGUUGCAAUUAUCACAGCCAAAGGAUAAAUUAACAGAUGAAGAAAUUACACCCUAUUUAACUGUUGUGGUAAAUAAUACAAAAAAUUGGUCUUUAAAAAUGUCAUCUCUUUAUCAUCGAUGUUCUUUGGAAUCUGGGAGUAAACGAACUGUUGAACGAUCAAUGAUGCAAAUUGAAUAUUUAAUACAUGAAUUAAAAAACACGAAAGUUUCUGUUGCAAAUAAAAUGGACUUAUUUUUUGCUAGUGGACUCAAACCAGUUUGGGCUUUAGAACAAAUGUGGGCACGAUUAAUGUUAAGUCUUGGAUUGGUAAAGGGAGCUUUAGAUGUUUUUUUAAAGCUGGAAUUAUGGGAAGAUGUUAUUGUUUGUUACAAUAUACUGGAUUUGAAACAUAAAGCAGCAGAAAUAAUUUGUCAAGAAAUAUCUAAAAACCCAUCGGUUCAAUUAUGGUGUUUAUUAGGUGAUGCAACUCAGGAUUCUAGUCAUUAUGAAACAGCAUGGAAAUUGUCCAAGGAAAAAAGCAGUAGAGCUCAAAGACAUUGGGGAUUCUUUUACUUUGAAAAACAAAAUUACAAGGAAGCUAUACCACAUUUAAAAUUAUCAGUUGAAUUAAAUAAUAUUCAAGAAAGUGUUUGGAUAAGACUAGGAUUUGCUGCAUUACAAAUAGGAGAUUGGAAAUUAGCAGCAACAGCAUAUAAACGUUACUGUGCUCUAGAACAAACGACAUUUGAGGCAUGGAAUAAUUUGGCAAAAGCUUAUAUAAAAUUAGGUGAUAAAGCAAAAGCUUGGAAAUGUCUUCAAGAUGCUAUAAAAUGCAAUUAUGAUCAGUGGCAAGUUUGGGAUAAUUUAAUGGUUGUUAGCAUUGAUUUGGGAUAUUUUUCAGAAGUAAUUCAGUGUUAUCACCGUAUUUUGGAUUUAAAAAGUCGCCAUUUAGAUAUUCAAAUUCUUGAUAUACUUACUAAUGCUGUAUUAAAUAAUAUUAAUGAUUCAAAUGGAAAUUCUGCACAAAAAUUGCUUUCAAAAGUCCUAGAAUUAUUUGGAAGGAUUACUUCCUUUGUACCAAAUAAUCCUGAUGUUUGGCGUAUGUAUGGACAACUCACUAUUCUUAAAAAGACAGAUAUUGAUAAUGAUAAAGCAGUACAAUAUAUACAACAAGCAUAUCGUAUUGCUGUAUCAAAUCCAAAAUGGCUUCUACAAGAAAAUUCAGUUGAGAAAGUAUUACAAUUAUGUUGCAUAUUAGCAGAAAUCUAUUUACAAUAUUCAUUGAGUUGUGAACUUAAGAAAAAAAGAAUACUUUUAGCAAGUGCUAAGUUAUCUCUUCAAGGAGUUAUAAAAACAGUUAAAGAGCUAAAGUGGAAUAUUGAAAAAAUUACUAUAUCUUUAGGAAAAGUUGAAAAAUACCUAAAUGUUGUAAUAAGUGAAUUAGAGCAAAUAAAGCUGACCAAUUGA